GAGGGGGCGCCCGACUCAAGGCGCGUUCACCACCACCACCACGUGUGCGACACGCGGCGCCGCACGUGUUUGUGUGUGUGUAGGGGGCGGGUGGUGUUUCAUUCGUUCUCCCGGGGUUUUUCGUUCACCAUGAAGCGCCGCCGUGGAAUGAAGACGGCGGACAUCGUCAAGUCGCUGUCCAAGCGGCAGCGCAAGCACCUCAAGCAGUUCGGCGAGGAUCACCCGGUCACCGAGGGGGCUUCCAAGCGAGCGUUUUCUGAUCCUGCCCCUAAAGUGGAGACGCUUUUGGAUGAGGGCGAGUCGAGCGCUUCGGACGAGGUGGACGAGGAGUUGGAGGCAGAAGCGGCGCCCUCGCACUACCAGCAGCUAGUCGGCUUGCUGGGUGGCAACGAAGCCGAGACCAGCGACGAGGAGGAGGAAGAAGAGGAGGAGGAGGAAGAAGAAGAGGAGGAGGAGAAGGGAGAGGGGGCAGUGGUCGACGAUUCCGCUGAGGAGGAGGAAGAUGAAGGGGAAGAUGAAGAGGAGGACGAUGUUCUCAGCACUGAUGCAGAAGAGGGCAGCACGAUUGCCAGCGGAGGCGACGGUAAAGGAAAAGGGGGCAGCACAGACUCGGACGCUAGCAGCACCGAUGCAGAGGAUGAAACCGUCGAGGCUAAACGGGGCAGCACGAAAACCAAAAAUGGCGUCGCCAACUCAAAGGGGGGCGGCCGCAGCUUGAAGGCAGCGCAGCAGAAGGGGAAGAAGGUGGCACCGGGCGAGGAGCCGCCGGAGGCGGGGGCGGGCGACUUGGCGGGCUUCGAGGGCCAGUUUGUGGAUCGCGUGCACGCCAAGGCCUUCAGCCUGGACACCGUCGUCCCAGUCCAGAGUGGCACGGAGGAGGAGAAGGUGGAAGGAGACGUGAUGCAGGUGUCUUCAGAUGAUCCGUUCGUGCAGCACCUGGCGUACGAGCUGGAGCCGGGGGAGGUGAAGACGCUGCUCGACCGGAGCAACCGGAGUACGGAGAUCGUGAAGUGGCCAUGCCUGGGGCAGCUGCACUGCUCGUGGAGCUUGGAGAAGCAGGCCGGGGCCCCCCCCCGCUUAGGGACGGCGGCUGCGCCACUCGCCCUGCACCCCCCCCUGGAGCGCACGUGGAGACACGUGAACGCGCAGGCACACGGCGACGGAAAGCCGGUGAAGCCGGACUCUCCUGCGCCGUUCUUCACGCCGCUGCAGCAGGAGCUGUGGUCGCUGUUCACAUCGUACCGCGACGUCUUCUACCCCGAGCGCUCGCCGCUGGGCUCCGGCGAGGACGUGCGCCGCCUCUACUGCCUGCACGUGCUCAACCACGUGCUCAAGGCCAACGGCCGCGUGCUAGCCAACAACGGCGUGCUGCAGCGGCGUGCCGAGCGGCGCCGCGACGCCGAGAGCAGCAGACGAGGCCGCGGGGGGCGCAAGCGGAGAGGCGGCGGAGCCAGAAGGGAAGUCACCGGAGAGGACGGUGGCGGACAAGUUCAGGAUAAAGCGGAAGACACAAACGACGUCGAUGAUGAUGAUGAUGAUGAGUUCCGGGACCAGGGCCUCACCCGUCCGAAGGUGCUGGUGGUGGUGCCGACGCGCGAUGCGGCGUGGCGUGUGGUGACCACGCUGGGGGCGCUGCUGGGUGGGGACGGCCGCGAGGGAGCGCCGCGCGUCGAGGUCAGCCACCGCGCUCGCUUCAACCGUGAGUUCGGCCGCGACCCCGGCGAGGAGCAGCCGCACAAUCUGCGGCGGCCCGACGACUACCUCGCCAUCUUCUCCGGCAACAACGACGACCACUUCCGGUUCGGGAUGGCUCUGCUGAAGCGAGGCGUGCGUCUCUACGCGCCGUUCUACGCGUCGGACGUGGUGGUGGCAUCGCCCCUGGGCCUGCGCACGGUGCUGGGGGCGCCGGGGGAGGCGACGCGAGACUUCGACUUCCUCUCGUCCAUCGAGCUGCUCGUGCUGGACCAAACCGACGUCUACCUCAUGCAGAACUGGGAGCACGUCAUGCACUUGGCGGCGCACGUGAACCUGCAGCCGCUGGAGCCGCACGGCGUGGACUUCUCGCGCGUGCGGCCCUGGAGCCUCGACGGGCACUCGCGCCACUACCGCCAGACGCUGCUGCUGAGCGCGCUGCCCCACCCGCUGCUGCACGCUCUCGUGUCGCGGCACGCCAGCAACUACCGCGGCCAGGUGCAAGUGAGGAACGCUCCACUGCUGGGCUCCAUCAGCCAGGUCGUGGUGCAGCUCCCGCACGUGUUUCAGCGAGUCGAGGCCGACAGCGCCACUGAGAUUGCCAACGCCAGGUUCGCUUACUUCGUGGACCACGUGCUGCCCCAGUACCGCGACGCCGUCAUGGCGCACACCAUGGUGUUCGUGCCGUCGUACUUCGACUACGUGCGUCUGCGAAACCACCUGGCGCGCGAGGGCGUCCGCGCGGCACACGUGUGCGAGUACACGCCGCCGGUGCGCGUCGUGCGCGCCCGCAAGAGCUUCCUGCGCGGCGUGCGGCCCUUCCUGCUCUACACGGAGCGCUUCCACUUCUACAAGCGCUACUCGAUCCGUGGCGUGCGCCACCUCAUCUUCUACGAGCUGCCCACGUACCCGCACUUCUACAGCGAGGUGUGCAACAUGCUGCGCACGGCGUCGGCGGUCGCGGCCGACGCCGCGUGGACCUGCACGGUGCUCUACUCGCGCUACGAGGCGACGCGCCUGGCCGCCGUCGUCGGCACCACCCGCGCCGCUCACAUGCUCGCCUCCUCCAAGAAGACGCACCUCUUCGUGACCGGCGACGAUUCCUCCGCCGGUGUUGCCGCUGGGCAGGCCUGAUGUGACGGCUUCCACGUUCAAUAUAAACGAAGAGCUUUUUAUUUUACGAGAUGAGGCCCUCUGAGCUUACGUAAGCUGAGAGGGGCCUGGCUGUCACAAUUGAUAGCUCAACAAUAUGGCUUCUCCGCCACACGGAAAUUUAUAGCGGCCAAAUGCUCAUGCGUGCUUGUAAAUGCGGAGGGAAAAACCGGCCAAGAGAGAGAUGUCCCUUUCUGGACGUGGUCGGGAGGCUCGGCGUCUGUCACUGCUACGAAGAUCUUGGGUUCAAGUCUAGUUAAGGCUACCCACGAUUUCAACCAGGUUUUCAAAUUCAUGGAAGCUCAUGGUUUCAUCCUGGUCACCAUUUUUUAAUCCCAUCGCGGUCAAUGUGGUUUGCAUUCAGUGUUCCAGAUUCCAGCUCUGAGAAUAGAAUAUUUCGAUUUGAUAUUCAUGCCCACAAGUGCCUCUUUAGCAGGACAUGAGAAGGUCCACCUCUGAGGCGAUUUGACGAGACUUAAUUCAGAAAGCAGUUCCGUGAUCCAAUUGUUAAUUAUACGAUGGCGCUUGCAGCAAGAAAUUCCAAAUGUCAUCAAAUGACAAUCAUUAAUUAUUAAAAUGAUAACGCUCGUGGGUUGAACUUUAAAAGGACAUUAAGAGGCGUGGGAGAAUAGCGAAGUCUUCGGAUUCCGACAGAAGGACAACACCAACGCUGAUGUGUGGUCGAGUGAGGAAUAGAUCUAAUUCCAGGUGACGAGCUGCGACAGAGAAACGACGUUCGCCUCGUCCGGUUCGAGAGACGGGGCGUCACAUGGAGGCCACUCGGGGCAGAUCGGAGGUAGCGAGAUGGAACGUACGAUGAGAAAGCGGAAGCUGAACCGUCCCAUUGAUAUCGAUGUCACAGUUGUCAUAGUUAAAAAAAGAACAAUGUUUUUAAAAUUAAAAUAAUUCCAGAUGGUCAACAAUGUGUCAGGCUGGUUAAGCUGUACAAACUGUCAGUUACAUCUAUGCUGUCAUUUCACUAUGAUCCAUCCACUGCUACAUAAAGGUCUCCCUUAUGUUUUCACCGUUAAAAGCUGGCUGUGGGGUGAGAGAUGCACAAUGUAUGACUGGUAUUGGACGCAAACGUUUUUGAGGCCAAAACCGCGUUUUAUUGGGAACGUCCUUAAGGCAGUGGGCAGAGAGCACAAAAUGGCUUGGGGUACCUUGGCUAAAGAGAAACGCACCCUCCUUAAAGUAGUGAGAAAUUGCCGCUCGCAGCGUAAAGAGAAUUCGCGCGCGCUCAGUGCAGAGAGGACUCGUGUUGUCUCACACCGGCACAGCCUUGGGCCUGAAAGACGCCCUGCCUCUGGGAUAGACGCAGUGUCUCGUUCCGGACACUGUCUCUCCUCGGCGACCUCUCGGCUCCUCGACUCCUUGGCUGCCUCAAAAUUUUGCUGCUUGACUCCGGUUGUUGGCUGUGUGCAUUCUCCCAGCUUUGAGCGGCCACAUGACAAUUAGUCUUUGUUAGCGGCAGUUAUCCACCGUUCUUUAACAAAGACUGAACAAAAUGUUGGGGCAAGUGCUGUUCGCGAGCACCUAUGAAGGCCGGCAUGGCUUACGAGGAGGUGGGUUGCCAACACCACGCUAGGCCGCCUUUGCCUCCCCAUUUUAGGCCGAGUCGACCUAGGGGAGGCAUAUGACCAGUUGAGAUAAUUGUCACUGGUGUUGGCUAUGAGCGGGAAUUGAGCUCGGGUCGCCGAGUUGUAGCGCAGCGCGCUAACCGCUACACUACCGCUCCCACCUUUAACCACAACACAUCUCAGUUCACAACCUUCUCAAGGUCAAAGUUGUUAAUUAUACAGCGGCUCCUAAAGUAGGCUUUGGAAAAUGUUUUUAUGUUGCAUUAUGCUCCUGCAUCACACAAUGCUGCGGAAACAGGAGUUGCAUGCAAAAAGAGGUUUUCAGAAAUCACCUAGUGUCUUGCGUGAAGUGGAGCGAGGUCCUCUGAACUGCAGACCAAAGCCUCACUUUUAUAUGGUUCUAGCCAUGAUUAAUUUAGGAGCAUCUGAAAUCUAUUAUUCCUAGAAUCAUAACUGGAGAUGGGCACUAACAAUGCCAAUUGUUUAAUUGCCUUCAAAUCCCCUAUCCGUCCCCAAAAAUCUUGUCAAUGCACCGUUGUGGUCACAGCUCAAUAAAAUCGGUUUGUAAUUUCCAGUUAAAGGUAGUUUCUUCUGUCGGUCUACUUUGUAAGAGCUUUUGUUUUUCAUCCUGUCCCGGAACGGUCUCCACAGGCGAACCAGUGUCUGUCACGGUCCCACAAUGCCACUGCUAGGCUGGGCUGCAACACACAGUGGCAACGCAAGUCGGCCCUGGACACAAAAUGAACGGCCAAAUAAAUCAAAACUCGACGUAAAAUGUAAUGCGUAUAAAUCAUAUGAAAAUCUAUUUCAAAGUUAACCGGAAACCCUUAAAAGGAAUAAUAACAUUAAGCGCUUUGAUGAGACGUAACUUUUGA